AUCAUUUGCUGGAUUGGUAAAUUUACAACUUCUGGGUUAACGAAAACUUUGAACAAGGAAAUCAUAAAACAGGAGAAUCAUGCGGUGCCACCUUUUGGCGUUAGUGGCAACACUGUCGGUGGCGAACGCCUUUGUCGAUUAUGAAACAAUAGAACCUGUUCCGGCAACAGAGGAACAAUGUAUUGGCGGUUAUUUUCCAUUUGAUGGAAAUCAAUGCAAGUAUUACCAAUGUGAGGCCACAAAUGACGGCUUCCAAGCCUAUGAAAGAUGGUGCAUGAAACCACUCAACUUCGACCCUGAGACAUGUUCCUGCCAGUGGCCAAACAAUAUAGACGGUGGAGGGGACUAUGCCUGUCACGAAGAUGAUUUUGAGACUGCUCCAGUCACAGAUUUGGAAGAAUGUAAUGUUAGAGGCGAAUUUGAUAAAUGUUGCCAGCCGUGUAUCUCAUAUCCGUCAAAAGAUGAUCCUGGCGAUUGCACACAGGGAUUUGGCCCUCCUUAUACAAUAUGGGCAAAUUUUUCCGGUUAUACAUACUGUGGCGAAGAUUUCUUUUGCCCUAAUGACGGUGUCUUCGAUCGCCAGACCUGUACUUGUAUCUCUGAACCUUGGUAUGUCGAUUGUUAUUUCUUCCCAUUCUGGCCAGAGACACCACUUGAGGACGAAACCAACUCGGGUAUAAUUUCCAACGGGGAAUGUACCAUCCGUCCAAACGACAGGAGUGGCAUUGAAUGCUCUGGUGAAGGAGAGCCAGCACAUUUAGAUAUGCUGCAAAAGCAAUGGCUCGGUCGUGGCUGGGGCAUUGGAUUUGCCGUUGAUAACGCUGCUGAUGGAGUCCUUGUUUCCAAUGGUAACGAUGAUGUUCCCUCGUCUAUUGAAUUCAAGAAGGAAGGCGAUAAUGUCAUUGCCACACUGACUGCAGACCAAGGGACUGUAUCAUUAUCCGUCCCAUAUAUCAUGGAUGGCGGUGCGAAACGAUAUUUUCUUUGGAUGGAUAAUGAUGGAUAUAUCAUCUUCCAAAACCAGGACCUGGACGAAGAAAUAACUUCGCCUCCUUUCACAUGGGCGCUAGAUGGGACUAGACUUCCACUCCAGUUCGGGCAGACUGCAGGAUUCUUCACUGAUAUUGUAGUAUGUUAUUAUCCACCAUCAGGACAGGGUGCAGUUGACUGGGUAUUUGGAGGUCCUGCACCAGGAGUUCCCACAUCAUACGAGAAUAAGAAAUAGGAUCCGAACAUCUUAUCGAAUUAUCGAACAUUGAAUUAUCAUAUACCAGUUCCAGUAUGGAUAAUAUUCAGUCAAAUUUUGAUCUUCGAUGUCAUAAUUUUAUUGGAAUACUCUAUUUAGUACUACUAGGAAACUCUGGUUAAGUUACAUAUUGCCAAUUUGGGAGAUGGUACAGUGAUGGUUAGUCAUAGAAUGGACUCAUAAAGAAUGGAUCUUAAGUUAGUAGUAGUCAAAUGUUAACUGUAUCUGAUUAAUUGGAAUAAAGACAAUAUAGAGACUUGACUGAUCUUCUCCAACCUAACAUGUGAAACUACACGAUGGCUAAAGGUAACACGGUCCACUCAAGGCUUGCUGUCCAGAGAGAUAUCUACUCUAAAGGGUCAAGGAUUGUAAUUGAUAAGAAAUGCACAUUGCAAAUAUAGAAUAAAACUGGUCGUAUAAUCUCGGACACGAUCGCAAUGUGCAAAACCAUGUGCGAAACACACUUUUGAUUGAAUAAAAAUAGUCAGCUUAUUCUAUGAGCAAAUAACUUGCACACAAUGUAUGUUUACAAAGUUGAUCGAUGCUCCUAAUAGUGCUCAUUUUAUUUAAAACAUUGUUGUUCAGCGAGUGCAAAUUAAAACCCGGAUUAAAACUUGCCAUAAAAGGAGAACAUCGCGAACUAUCCGGGAUCUGUGCCUUUAUAUAUGGCUUUAUCGCUUAUUUCAAGAAAAUUCGUGGUUCUAAAAGCAGUCACAAUAGAAUAAAUAUACCACCACUAACACGAAUAUUUUCUAAGCGCUCUGACUGAAAACUUCUGAAUUGCGUUUUUUUAAGUAUUUUUGGGCAAAUUUACGAUGCUAUUCUACCGCAUCCAGCGCCAUGUGUAUUGAGAUCAACGACACUAUAUAUGUGCUAUUGUGCUGUCAACACAACUGUUUACCAUGACCAUGCAAUAUAUAUUGAACAUAUUGCUUAUUAUCCCAUAGUUGACGUCAAAUCUGUAGAAUAACACGUAUAUAUCUUUAUGAUAUUUUGCAAAUGCGUGGAAAAAAGCGAUAUCUGUGGAAUACGGAGAAGGGAAUAUUCCACAGAUAUCACUUUUUCCACGGAUUU